AUGGUUUACCAUUGUGGAUGUUUGAUCUUGGCUGCAUUUGCGGCUAUUUCGACAGCUUCAUCCGCUGAGGAGGAAAGAUGCCAAAACGCCAAGCUGGAAACCUACACGCGCAGCCUGCUGCAGCGCAAGCAAAUCGCUGGCGAGGUUGCGACAGGUAAUUCUGCAAUGGUGACGGAAGCUAUGACCGAGCUAGUCGACGUGACGAAGCAAUUGAAAGGGGAGGUCGAACGACUGCAGGAAGGCUUGCAGCGAGAGCACAACGAAGUCCUGACAUUGCGUGAGAUGCUCUCGUCGACUGGUCCGUCUGCAAAGCCAGGGCCAGCAAGCGGAGCAAAACACGCGGACAAAGGUGCUUUCGAGCUUUGCAAAGUCGAGAACGUGCUGGGGCAGGUCGCUUCCCAGGCCAAUACGUCUCUCCACGAUGCCAAGACGAGCUGCAGUGCGACGACAGAGGUUACUUUGUUUUCGCCGAAGCUUUCCUCGCCGUUUUUCGAGACAGAGUGCUGCCCUGUCGACAAGGAGCACUGUGCUGGUUGUGCCAAGCAGAACUCCGGGAAGACAGCCUGCGCAAUCUGCAGCGGCGGGUUUACCAAGAGCUCCGGCAAAUGUGUGGCAUGUGUGGAUCUUCCUUCUUGGGUCAACAAGGCCGGGCAGAACUGCCACGCUGCGAGCUGCUCUUCUGUGAAGUUCCAAGGCUUCUCUCCGAACGAAGCCUGCUGCAAGUGCGGAGGAGGGCAGAAGGCAGCGACAAAAUUUGCCUACUAUGUGGGUCCCAUGGCUGUCGGGGCUACAUCAGUGGUUGGUCAUCCAGUGCCACGCACAGCGAGCCACUAUUCUGUGGACAAGGACUGCGAGCUGGCGAAGUAUGGCUUGUCAAUCCAUCCCACCACGGGCGCUUUGCAGUUGGACGGCUGUAGCGCAGUUGGCUGUGGUGCCGCAACUGUGGAAGUGAAGUGCACUGUCACUGCCGAGAAGGACGGGCUGAUGGCAGUAGCCCCCCUCGAGGUCCUGGCUGGAGAUAUCGGCUAUGGCAGUGGCCCUGUGGUUCUUCGCGGCUCCACAACGAGCCUGGCGCCUGUUCUGAGUCCCACUUCGGGCUCGGGCAGCUUCUCCCAGUUUUCUUGUGUUCCCUCGGCGAGCUGGCUGGACCUCGACUCCAGCACCGGGAUCCUAUCGUUGAAACCCAACACUGCAGUCGAUGGCGGUGUGACAGACUCCAAGGGCGCGAAGCUGGGACAAGGUGGAGUCUGCACAGUGCAGAAGGGAACAGCCAAGGGUUCGGUGGUGGUCAUUGCACCGGAUGCGUGGACAUCGAUGAGCUACAGCUACAGCACUUCCGUCCUUUAUGCCACGGUUGGAGAGAGAUCACCGAUUCUGUCGCCAACUGGUAGCAGCGGCUUGUUGCCCACCCGGUUCUCCGCUGACUGCUCGGGCUCGAACUUCGUGUUUGACGUGCUGAGCGGCAUCGCGACAUGGGACGGCCACCAGAUCUUCUCGCUGGAUAUCUUCACCGGAGACCUCCAGCUGAAUCCUGAGGAGUCCCUGACGAAGUCCUUGGACUCUUCGUCCGCCACCUCAGUGCGCCGAACAAUUUCAACGUCAUGCACCAUCUUCGGACAUUACGAGUGGGCUCCGGCGAGCCCGGGUCCCGUCGUGACACACCGGCUCUCCAUGGAGUUCCGGGACCACACAUGCUGGGCUUCCAGGACGCUGGACUUCGCCAGUCGUGCAGACAAGGGUGCCAAGUCGUCCACCGACUGUCGAACGCAAUGUCGCAGUGAGACAUACUGCAGCUACUAUCAGUCGGCAAAUGGAAGAUGCUACUUCUACAGUGCAUUGUGCACGGAUUCCGGGGACUUUGGCUGCUACUACAAAAACGUGCCCGUCAUUGAGCGGUACCCCGGCUGUGGCGAGCGACACGGCUGCUUGCAGCUGGAGUUGCCAGGACAUCACUACAUCUCCGGAUUGUAUUGCCCGGGCGGUGAGAAUGCUGGAAGUGCUGCGCAGGGGCCGGUGUUCUUCAAGAAAGGCCUUACGAAGGAGGAGAGCUUUUGGCUGAUGCGAUACGACACGUCACGUGGUGGAUGUUCCAACGGUGACUGGGUGAUCUACGGGCCAAGACCGCUCGAGGAUUAUGAGAACUCGACCAUGGCCUACGUGGAGCUCCACGGGGGUGCGGUGGCCUGUGUCAAGGGCAGCAGCAACGACCUGGUGUCAGACGUCUUCACUCAGACAAAAGUCGACUUGACAGUCGGGAUACUAAGUGUCUCCGGAGCCAAUGCCACGGUGUCGGCUCCGGGAUGUGUGGCGCCCAAUGUCACUGCGGUGGAUAGCGGUGGGGAACAACCUGUGGAAGCUUUGGUGCUGGAUGAUCCCUCGACUGACACUCCCGACGACCACUGGCUUCACCCCUGCGAGUGUGUACCUGCCAAGUGGGGAUCUCUGCCUCCAGCCUCUGGUCAGAGUGUCUCCGAUAUUCCUGCCGGCAGCAACAACGAGUUCAUGCCGUCCCCGUCACUGAUUGUGGAUGGACAGUUCGUGUGUGCGCAAGAGUAUCUGACCACUGUUGUCGUCGAGACCGAAACCGAUGGUCUGGAUGAUGCCAACUGCAAGACGCGCUGCGUGUCCCAGGAGUGCGCUUACUACUGGGAAGGCGAGGUCAUGUCAACAAAGCAGUGUCGCCUCUACAGCCAAUGUGACGAGCUGGUUCGCGAGGUCGGUGUGGUCGGAAAUCUGUUCGGCAUGUCCUACCGGAAAUCCUGCAAGGUGGCCGACCCGCAGUUGUGCUGGAAAGUCACGAAGCGUCGCUCAUUUCUUGGGGCCGGUGCAGACUCCUACCAGUGCUUCCACCAGGACCUAGUGGAGCAGUGUGACCAGAAGCUGAUGCUGGGGGGUCUUGGCGUCACGGCAUGUGGUGGCUGUGAAUAUGCUCCGGUGAAGGGCAAACAGAUCUUUGCUAACAACGGCAACUGCGUGACUGCAGAUGGCAACGAUAACCUGAAGGUCGCUGCCUGCAACAACGGAGACAACCAAAAGUGGUAUUUCGAUGGUGAAGCGCUGAAGCCCGAGCACAAGGACGGAACCUGGUGCGUGGACAAGGGAUCAAGCUCGGACGUGUAUCUUCAUCCUUGCCACGGAGGGAGCAACCAGAAGUGGUACCUUCUCAACGGGCACCUGAGGAGCCGUGACGGAGACGGUUGUAUGGACUACUUCAUUGGUGGCUCGAAGAAUGUGUAUGUGGGCAACUGUCCCUGGAGCAACCUCCUGGUUUGGACCUGGCGACAAACAGUGCAUGGCGGGCAGAGCAUAAAAUCUGACUACCAGUACAAGUGCCUCAUCCACAACCCUGUCAACCACAACGUGUACAUGAGCUGGUGCACUGUAGAUUAUUCACACCGCUGGUACUGGGAUGGCGAACGUCUCAAGUCCGAGCUCAGUACCUCGAGGUGUUUGGACAAGUCCGGAAACAACAACCUCUACAUGCAUACAUGCCACAGCGGCCUCAACCAGAAGUGGUACUUCGAUGGCAAGCUUCUGAAAUCCAGGCAUGAUGGGCGGUGCGUGGAUUUUUCCCCGGCAGUCGGCAACAAUGUCUUCCUCGGAAACUGCCCAGACAGCCCCUACAAGCUGUGGAGCUGGGGCCCAGAAGUCCCCAAGCCCAUACCGGCGGCACCGCUCACGACCAUGUCGGAUCACAAGUGCCUGGACAUGGCCUGGCAAGCCGGCGGCAAGGAGAUCUACAUGCACGCCUGCACCAACGGGAACAAUCAGAAGUGGUACUUUGACGGGACGUCACUCAAGACUCUCGCGAGCGCUGAUCUCUGUGCCGAUGAGCCCGCCGACGGCUCACUCUACGGGCACACCUGCCACGGGAACGACAACCAGCAGUUCUACAUGGACGAUAAAGAGAUCAAGAACGAGAAGUGGGACAAUGCUAAGUGCGCGGACUAUAAUCAGGAGAACAACGAUGUCUACAUGAACGGCUGCAGUGGUAAUGCCAACCAGAAGUUCAACUUCAAGGUCCCCAUGCGGCUGAAGGAUCGUCUGCGCGGUGAGUGUCUGGAGAUGGGGACCAACAAGGAGAGCCUCACGAUGACUGCCUGUGUUGUAAACAACGACAGGCAGCUCUUCUUCUUUGACGGACCACAGUUGAAGUCAGAGCACGACCACAGUCGAUGCCUGGAACGCUUUGGGAACGAUGCAUUGAAGAUGUGGGCAUGCUACGAUGGUUACAAUGGCCAGAGAUGGAAGUGGGAUGGUGAACGGUUGAAGGUGGAGUCCAGUGGAAAAUGCAUGGAUGUGCCCAGCAGCCGGGCAGUUUACGCGCACAAUUGCCACGGUGGAAAAAACCAAAAGUUUUACUUUGAUUCGGUGGAGAUCGGACGGACGAUCCGUAGCGAUGGCAAGUGCCUGCAGAUUGGCAGCAACAGACUAGCAUACUGGUCCACUUGCACCCAGGCGGCGAACCAACGCUUCUACAUGGAUGGGGAAGCGAUCAAGUCCGAGUACAUCAAUGGGUGCCUGGACUCGUACAGAAACAUCGUGAAGCUUCACGUUAAUUGCAACGGGCACUCAAAUCAAAGAUGGUAUUGGUCUGGCGGUCAUCUGAAAAGCAAAUGGAGGGACGAUUGCUUGGAUGUGCAGCCCAGCAACAACACGGCCUUCAUGGGAAGCUGUCCGGACUCGGAUACUGUGAAGCUCUCUUUCCACAACCUGCUCCAUAACAGUGUGCAGCUCACAGUCGGAAACGGGCGGUGCUUGAGCAGAACAGUGGCAGCACCGUGGAAGCGGUUGGGUGUGCGGGAGCGGCGCAGCAGAUGCUGGGCUCGAGAAGGUUUGAUGAUGUGGUACUUCAGUGGGGAGAACUUGAAGACAGAGUUCGACGACAAGUGCAUGGACCUGUGGUCCCCACCAGUGAAGGUGAACUCUGACCCGCAGCAGCAGCAUGACAUGCAGCGGCUCAUGUCGCAUGAGGGCCUCGACGGCUUUACCUGCAGCGCGUGCGUGCAGGUCGUCUCCAAAGUGUAUGCAGACCUCGAUUCUCAGAUUCGGCAGGAGCUUUUCUUUGCCAGUGGCAUGAAGCUGGUGCUCUCCGUGGACACCCGCACACGGCGAACGGUGACUGCUUCGGGUAGCCUGCAGGAAGGAUACAAGGAGCCAUAUGCAGACCCGAGCAGCCCCGCAGGUGGCACUGCUGACGUCUUCGUGGCUGCGAGAGCGAAAGUGCACCUCAGCUGUUCGCCAGUUGCUGUCAGGCUGAGUUCGCGGGACGGCAUGCUCAUAGCCCUUGAUUGUAUUCCGUCUUCGAUGGAGUUGACUGUCUCAAGCACCCCGCCCCUGGUCGAUCCGAUACUACGCAAGUGCCUGAGAGCCUUGAAUCUCCAGCUCUCUUCCGCAGACUGUGCUGAAGAGGCUGAGGACGAGAUGCUCGAGGCAGGGGAGCUGGGCUCCCUCCUCUGGGACGAGCGGCUCGCCAGGCCUCUACAAUCGCGGAGCCUUGCCUUGGAGGGGGUGUUCGAUGCGUGCGAUCUGCACGGCCCCGACUACUCUGCGGAGUUUCAAUGUAGACAAGGUAUCAAUGAGAUUAUUCCCUGGAAGCUCGUUAUUGCGCAAGACAGUCGGUGCACGGACUACCGCCAGGAUGGAUCGAACAACGUCUACAUACACUCUUGCCACGGAAACAACAACCAGCAAUGGUACAUGCUGGAUGGCAACAUUAUAUCAAUGAGGGACAACAAGUGCGUGGACGCCCACAUAAGCACGGGCAACGUCUACAUGCACGAAUGCCACGAUGGCGCAAACCAGAAGUGGUAUUUCGACGAAGACACAGGAGCCAUUCGAAGCGAAUAUGACCACCGUUGCCUGGACAAGGGCGCCGACGACAACCUUUACAUGCACGAUUGCCACAGCGGCGACAACCAGAAGUUCGAGCGUCAGGAGGUAUCCUCAGAAGCCUUCAUCACGGCUCUCCACCUCGACUGCAUCGAAGAUGCUGGACAGCGAAUCACGGUCGAGCCGGAUGGGAGCAAUGCUAGGUUUCGUUUGAGGGCCGGCGACCACACGCUCAGCGAGAAGUUCACGUAUGAUUCCGAUACCCAGAAGAUUAAAAACGUCGCCAACAACAAGUGCCUGCAAGCACGUGGCCGUGGACGCGUCGACGAAAUGGACUGCGCACAGCGCAUCGAGCAAGACUGGACCAUUUCGCAUGGACUGCCUGGACUUGUCGAUGCACCAAUAACUUGUCCUGGCGACCAAGUCAUCAGCUACUUGAAGAAGACGCAUGGGCAGGUGCAGUACAAGUGCAGUCACGUCUCGUCUUUGGGAAUGUGUUCCCCACACUACUCCACUCAAGUUGAGACCAAGACGAACGAGCUCGAGACCAUCAAGGCCUUGCGCGAGCUCGGCGCCUUCUGCCCACCCGGUGAGGGUCUGAAGACUUUGGAGACCGAGGCUUCGGACAAAGGUGCUUGGAUCCGUUUCAAGUACGAAUGCUGUCAGAUCAGCCGCGUGCCGGUGUCGAUUUACCCUCUGAUGGUUGCUGAUGACAAGCGGGACUUCGACAUGGACAUGGCAGAAGCCUGGGAAGGUGUUUACUGCCCGAGUGGCAGUGACAGCAGUGGCCGGUUGGAUUUUGCACAGCGGAGGAGUUUCAAGCCAGGGCAAACUGCGUCGGGCUCGUUGACUUACGACAAGAAUCUCGGCAAAUGGUGUGUAUCUGGCAAGGGCUGUGCCCAGUCGGAUGUUGUCCAUCCCUUGGACACCCAAUUGCACACCGACAAUUGGUAUGUGGUGCCCGUCAGCGACUUCGACGCCAUCUUCGAGGCUCGUGGCGCGAAGCAGGUGUCGACAACGAAGCGCAAACCCCCUCCGCUCAUUAAGUUCGGCGCCUCCGACCCGGAGUAUUUGCCAGAGUGCAAGGACGAGUCGAUUCCCGGGGCGCGCAAGUUUACACUGGCCAAGAUGAACGCCGAGGCCCAAAAUCUGGACGACGAGAAUCCAUGCAAGUAUGUUUACGGCGUGCCUCCGACCAACUCCGACAUGGACAAUGCUGACGGCUUGACCGGUUGGAUCGAUGAUUUGGUCGGGAACGUCGGACCUGGUCAAGGAGGAGUGACCUACAAGUCGGUGAAAGAAUGCGCAGACCGCGACGACAUUCGGGCGCUUCAGAUGGCCAAGUGGAGCCAGUCUCACAACUACCACAGCAUCGGCUUCGGCUUCGUGAAGGACUUGUGGGAUGUCUAUGCCGAUGGCAUGCCCGAAGUUGAGGCUGCGCCACUGGGCGCCGGAUUCGAAUUUCAGCCUGGCAACGUCAUGGCCGCCUACGGUGCCCUCUACUGGGGUUUGCUUCAGAUGGGCGAGGACAUCAGGCUGCAGAAGAAUGAGAUGCACUUCGAGGAGGCUGGUUUUGGUGACUGCAAUCCUCUUCAGCACGGCUUCGCCCGGACCUUUUGCGACCUGCACUGCAUCCGCGAUGCUGUGCGAAAGGGCGAUGAUGCCAUCCUAAGAGCGGUGGAAGAAGCGGUUGAAAUCAUCGGCAAGAACACGCAGAUCCUCCUUGAGCACUACGUUGGGGGCGAGUCUGGAUCACUGGUCCAGGAGGGCACUGACAUCCGCCGCGGCCUGGCAGCUCAGCUCGCAGAGCUCAUGGCCACGGCCCAGGAGGCCGCCCUGCAGCCACGCGCCUCCCAGGCGGCUGAGCGUGCCGUGCGGAGCUUCGCGGGGCGCUGGCGAAGCGUUGAAGGUGGCAACGCUUCGGAGAGCUUAGCCUCGCUGAAGGCCAUGGCCAAGGAUGCCUCGGAGCUCCACGCGACGGUAAUGCUGGUCAAAGGCCAGAGGCUCUCCCAAGUUGAGGAGGUGCAGCGGAACGCCCUGGAAACGGCGUCUCGAACGAACGACUUCCUCAAGGCGAAAGUCCAUGACCUUGGCCGUUACUACCAGACGGCCAGACGGGGCAAGAUGGUGCAACGCUGGUUCAAGCAGCACUGGCAGAACAAGUUUUCAAUGCUGGAUGAGUUUCAGGACCUGAGUCUUGCCCAAGCCAUGCAGACCUUUGACACCUCUUGGUGGGAGAUCCGUCGGGAGCUGGACGCGUACCUUGAUGCGGCGACCGAGCAAGCGCGUGCCAUGAGCUCUGCCGUGGAUGCCCUGAGAGGAUACACCGGGAAAUGCCAGACAAGCUUCGAGCAGCUGAAGAACUCCUACGCUGCGUCGGUGCGGGCAGAGAAGAAGGCCCAUGCUGUGCUAAAGAAGACAUGGUCCGACGUGGUUUUCCAGGCAGGGCUGAUGGCAUCAAAGAUUACUGAUGCCGGAUUGCUGGAUCGGCUUGCGUUGGCAGACAUCAAGGACCGGCCAGACUCUGUUCCGGGUCCAGGGGCUGACGCUUACCGCGGGCUGCUCAAUACGUCAGUCGACCUGCGUGCUAUUAAGUAA